AUGGCUGGCGGCGAUAUCAAGAAGGGUGCCAACCUCUUCAAGACCCGAUGUGCUCAGUGCCACACCGUUGAGAAGGACGGCGGCAACAAGAUCGGCCCUGCCCUGCACGGCCUCUGGGGCCGCAAGACUGGUUCCGUCGAGGGCUACGCCUACACCGAUGCCAACAAGCAGAAGGGCAUUGAGUGGAACGACGACACUCUCUUCGAGUACCUCGAGAACCCCAAGAAGUACAUCCCCGGUACCAAGAUGGCCUUCGGUGGCUUGAAGAAGGCCAAGGACCGCAACGACCUCAUUGCCUACCUCAAGGACUCUACCAAAUAA